AUGGCAUCUGUGGGCAUAGCUCCUAUUCCCGGGGCAAGAGACUCGACUUCACACGCUACUGGUGUUGAUAAAUUGCCUGAAGAAUUGAAUGACAUGAAGAUUCGCGACGAUAAAGAAAUGGAAGCAACUGUGGUAGAUGGGAAUGAGACAGAGACUGGCCACAUAAUAGUGACCACUAUCGGUGGAAGAAACGGUCAACCAAAACAGACGAUCAGCUACAUGGCCGAACGAGUUGUUGGACACGGAUCUUUCGGUGUUGUGUUCCAAGCGAAAUGCCUUGAGACAGGAGAAACUGUUGCCAUAAAGAAAGUUCUACAAGAUAGGAGGUACAAGAACCGUGAGCUUCAAACCAUGAGGCUACUUGACCAUCCAAAUGUUGUGUCUCUAAAACACUGUUUCUUCUCAACCACCGAAAAAGACGAGCUUUACCUCAACCUUGUUCUUGAAUACGUCCCAGAGACUGUUCAUCGUGUUAUCAAGCACUACAACAAACUCAACCAGCGGAUGCCUCUCAUAUACGUCAAACUUUACACGUAUCAGAUUUUUAGGGCCUUAUCUUACAUUCACCGUUGUAUUGGUGUGUGUCAUCGCGACAUAAAACCUCAAAACUUGUUGGUAAAUCCACACACUCAUCAAGUAAAACUAUGUGAUUUUGGAAGUGCAAAAGUAUUGGUAAAAGGAGAACCAAACAUCUCCUACAUUUGCUCGAGGUAUUACAGAGCACCUGAACUUAUUUUUGGAGCAACCGAGUAUACGACAGCCAUUGAUGUCUGGUCUGCAGGAUGUGUUCUUGCUGAACUCUUGCUUGGACUGCCCUUGUUCCCUGGUGAGAGUGGUGUUGAUCAACUUGUGGAGAUUAUCAAGGUUUUGGGAACACCUACUAGGGAAGAAAUCAAGUGCAUGAACCCUAAUUACACGGAAUUCAAAUUCCCUCAGAUUAAAGCUCAUCCAUGGCACAAGAUUUUCCACAAACGCAUGCCUCCGGAAGCUGUUGAUUUGGUUUCAAGGCUUCUUCAAUACUCUCCAAAUCUACGAAGCGCUGCUCUGGACACAUUGGUCCACCCAUUCUUUGAUGAGCUAAGAGAUCCGAACGCACGUCUGCCUAAUGGACGUUUCCUUCCACCCCUUUUCAACUUCAAGCCUCACGAGCUGAAAGGUGUGGCUGUGGAGAUGGUAGCUAAGUUAGUACCUGAGCAUGCAAGGAAGCAGUGUCCUUGGCUCGGUUUGUGA